AUGACUAGAUUAAAAAUUGGACAAAUCGUUAGCUGCUAUAACGAUUUGUUUUGGCUUUGCAAAAUAACGAAAAUUGACGGAGAUGAAAUAACGGUUAAGUGGUAUGAAAAACAAGCGAACACUUCAUUAUUUGUGCUAAAAAAAGAUGAAACCGAUAUAAUACACAAACAAUCGAUGCUCGUUCAAUUUGAUCCUUCCGUUAAUUCCAAACAAAUGAAUGAAAAUCAAAUAAAACUGUCAGGUAUUGAUAUGAAGAGUCUUUAUCAAUCAGUAAUAUUAACAUUGAAUAAUAAAUUAAAACAGUUGUAG